UUCUUCCUCUUUUUGGCAAAAAUUAGAUUUUGCACAUACUUUGGGAAUGAUAUAUAUAAACAUGGGGGAGUUGCAUUAUCCUAGUUGAUUUGAGGACUGUCCCAUCUAUAGCAAUUUCAUUGGUUUCUCCAUUGGAAUGAGAAUAUGUUUUGUGAGUUUUGUACUGCUGAGAGGAAGAUUAAAAUAUAGUUUUGCUUGGAUAGAAUUUUAUUGAUUGGUUGGCCAUUUGGUUUUGGCUACGAAGACCCUUAGCCACAAUCUGGCUAAAAUUCAAGCUUGGCUUGAGUUUAUUUUGGCCAUUUUUGAUUUAUUAGAUCCAUUUUUUAAUGACAGCAUGAAGUAUAUAUUUUUAUUAGAUGCUAUCUUUCUGGUACAGCACAUACGAUAAGCAAAAAAUUAUGUGGUACAUGUCUCUCAACCAGCAUAAGUAGAGGAACAGAAUCAGCAAGGAAAAGUUAACAAUGUAAUAUUAGUGCAGUUCUUCCUGUUGUCAUCCUGGGAGUUUGGUUGGAAAAAUGUAGGACCUUACUUUUCUGUCAGUGAUUUGGUGUGAAUGUAAUUCCUCUAGCUACAGUUGUAUGCUUGCAAAAUGGAGCUAUUGACCAAGUAACUGUGCCUUGCAGAAAAAAGGUUUUGCCAAAUAAAUGUAAAAUAUUGAUGAAAAAAUCAUAACAAAGGGGAGAGAGGAAGUAUUAAAAUAACUUUUAGUAAACGGGGUUCUUUAAAUAUUAAAUAAUAGCAGUGGUAGAGUAGUGAAAGUGAAUUUGGCUAAGUAACUAGAGAUGGCUAAUUUUAAUCAAUUAGGUUGCUAUUUAAUAAUUAAGAUCCUGAGGUUAUCUAUGGUAUAUUGGCUGUACACACGAUGAAAUCUUACAUUUUUUAAACAAAAAUCUUGAUGGUGAAGGAGCUACUUUAGAAAGAUUUAUUUAUAUGAUGCCAAUAGCUGUCCAUCUCCAUUAUUCUGGGUAGCUUACAAUUCCAAAAUUAAAAGCAAUAAAAACAUCCAAAAUAUACACAGCAGCUGAGAUAGGUAACCAUUUAACACUAAGACAAGAUCUGGGAAGACAAUGCAAGCAGAUGUAUACUUUUGGAUAUACUGAAUACUUCCUUAAGUAAACAAAGAAUUGGUUGACAAAAAAACCCCUUCUCAUAACUUCUGCCUUCUCUGCAACACAGAUCCAGAAAAAAAAGACUUUGCAGUCCUUGUUUUUCCUCUCUUUAUCAAAGAGAAUUUGAUUUAAGUAAUCUCUAGCAAAUGUAAAAGUUGUUCUUGUGAUUAGGGAUUUGGAUCUAUCAUAAACCAACAAAAACCUUUUAUAUUCAGCUGUGGAAGUUAUUUGUACUUUCUUCCUCCUUUCUGAGACAAAGUAUUAUGUUUGUUUUUUAAAAAUGAGGUUUUGUGAUCAUAUCUAAAAUAAAAAUAUUUUAUAAGAGCCAUAUAGAAAAUAUUGGGAAAAGGGUGAAACUGUUAACAGUUGUCCCUUCUCUCCCAUUCUGGGCUGUUUGGUUUUUCACCUAUGUAUUAAAAAAUAAGAGGAAUAUGCAAAGAUUCAAACUGGAAAUUCAACAGUAGUCUGAUCAUAUCUCAGAAUCAAAUUUACUUUCCAAGCUGAAUUGAAAAGUCAAGUCUGGUUAUCAAAUUCUAUCAGAUGCCUUCUCUAAAUUGAUUUAACCAAUUGCUUCAAAAAUUCAGAUCAACCCAAUUGGACAGUUCAGUCUGAAUGUCUGAAUUGAAUCAGAUCGAUUUUCUAAAUCAAAUAGGAUUACCUCAAUUGUCUGAAUCACAUCAAUGGUGCAAAGCUGGUUUUUACCUGCUUCAUGCAAACCUAGCUGAGAACAAUUUUUAAAAACUUUUAAAUUUUUUCUUACAAUGAGAAGGCUCUCCCAAGAUAGCCUGCAUUUAAAACAAAAACACAAGAACAAUUAAGACUAAAGUUAUUUUAAUACUUUACAUGUUUAAUGUUUGCACAGAGAGGAAAUUAGACUGCAAUCUGACAGUUUGGAAAUUAUCUGGCUGGAUCAGUGGUGUCAUUCUGUUACUUGACAGGGCAAAACCUCUGAGCUGGAGGUCCUUGGAAAGCUCCAAAGAUAUAAAUGUACAUGCAGUCCUCAACAUACAACCAUUCGUUUAGUGACUGUUUCAAAUCACAAUGGCACUGAAAAAAAAUGAAUGUUUUUCACACUUUCAACUGUUGCAGCCUCCCCCCAACCACGUGAUCAAAAUUCAGACGCUUGGCAACUGACUAGGAUGGUUGCAGUGUCCUGAGUCACGUGAUCCUCUUUUGGGCUCAAUUGUCACAAGUCAAGGACUACCUGUAUUGUUCAGGUGUUUCCUAUGGUCUUCCAGGUGUGGGACAAACAAAGUAAGGUGGAGUCUGCCUUGAAUCUGUGGAAUCCAAUCUUUACUUUUCCAUAGUGCUGUGCCUCAACCACAUCAGUUAUUGUUUUUUUGGCUAGAUUGUCUAGCACGGCGUCCUGUUUCCAAUAAGUGCGAAGUAGGGCGUGAAAAAGAGGUUUCUUCUUCUAAACUGUCUCUGCGUAGCAAUGGAAUUCUGAGGUAGACUGCCAAAAAAACUAGGGUUCUAUUGCUCUAAUGAUCACAAAACUGCAGGCAAGAAGGUAGAAAGGUGGUAACCUGAUGCUUUCCCAGUGGGAGUUGUGGGGGGAAAAAAGGUUGUCCACUUUGUUUUAUAAACAUUUGAAUGCAUUUUUUUAAAAAAAAUAUUACAUUUACAGUCCUAGGCCAAACAAACACCGUUUGCUUUGAUCUUCAACUAAGGUUAGCAAUGCCAGCAGGUCUGGGGAUUGUCUGAUCCCUCUGCAGCUAAAUUUGGCACAAUGGGGUAAAAAGGGUUAAAAGGAUCUGUGCAGUUCUGAGCAACAGCACAUCUGGUGAGUUUCCUGCUUUCUUUGGAAGAACAACCCAUCUCUUUUUAUUUAUUUAUAUUUUUUCAAAUGAAUUUGUCAGAAGUUGAAUCAUGGCAAUCUGCAAGUGUAUUCUUUACGUUAAACUAGGAUGCACACAGGGUGAAAAUUCCUCCCCAACCCACAAAUAGAGGAUAGCAUGGAAAAGAUUUGUUCAGGGCCACUGAGUUCCGUUAGAUUAAUCUUGCUAAACAGGAGUGAGAGCUUUUCAAACGGGGAAGGUCCUGGACAUUCAUAACAGCACCCAUUUAGCAAACCUCUUAAGAAAUCACAGGGGUAUGUAGUCAAUGAAAGCAUGCAAUUCAAGCUUUGACACUAGAACUCAGGCUGGUCACAUCUUCUCUUUCAAAGAAUCGGGAAAGGAUUUGCCAAAUGUUCCCUUGCCUCCAGUCUUUGAGAUGGAGACUUCAAGGAUCUGCAGGGUUCAGCUUUUUUUUUUUUUAUAGCAACCAGUCCAUUGUCUGUCUGGAUUAUUGCCUCCCCCCCCCCUUAGUUCUUGUCAAGACUAUAGCUUAGUUAAUGAGUAACAGUAGCAAGACAAGAAGGUAAUUAGAUUCUGUGCUGUUGCUGCCUGGCACCACCGCAGCAAUGCCAAGGGUGCAAUUUGGUCUCUGUGAAACAUUCAUGGAAGAGGGGAACUGUUAUGUUUGCUGGUCCUGUCUUUUGAGCUCAGAGACCACCAAUUAUGAGAAAGGAGGAAGAGCUUAUCCUGGCCUCUGACAGGCCUUUUUAUUUUUUAUUUUGCUUUGGAACAGCCACUGGGGGGAAGGGGGGGCGCUAGGUUGCAAAUCUGCAGCAACUAUAAGGAAGCCACUUUAGCUUAGUGCAAUAUUGCCCAGCCAAUGGGAAGGCCCUCUUUGAGUGGUCUCCUGAGAUGAAAGAUCUGUAACCGAACCUUGCUGUAUGAGAUCCAGUUCUUCAGACCUGACAGAUAACCACACACUUGCAUCUGGGGUACUUCAUCCCUUGGCUUUCUCUGAAAUACACCUUCUGUCCUGUAAGCUGCUGUUCAUCCAUAUUCAGUCCCAGCAGACGCAUCCAAUCUCGAAGGGAUGGUGGUGUCCAUAGUAAACAUCACCGCCAAGGAAGGUUCCCGCACGGUUCUCUCUUGCAAGAGCUACCGGAUGGUCUGGACUCAGGACAGUCUGAAUGAUCGCCAGCGGGUGGUUCAUUGGGAUCUCUACAGAAGCCAGCAGGCUGCGGAGAGGCUGUGCGACAUGUACUCUGCCGGGGAUCAGCGGGUUUACCACACGUACAACCAGGGACGGAUCUCCAUGCCCGAAAACGCAUUUAUGGAAGGCAACUUUUCAUUGAUAGUCCAAGAUGUUGCUAUGAGUGACCAAGGAAUGUAUUCCUGUAACCUCCACCACCAUUAUUGCCAUCUGUAUGAAACGGUGCAGCUGCAGCUUGAGGUCACUGAAGAAGCCGGGGAAGUCCAGAGAUUCUGGGAUGGAGAGAAAGUGGUGAUUGUUGCCCUGAAAGGCAGCGCGGUGAUACUUCCUUGCAUCAACCGGAACCAGGUCUGGACCGGACGAGAUGAGGAGGAGGACCAACAAGUCGUCCACUGGGACAGGCAGCCCCCAGGAGUGCCUCAUGACCGGGCCGAUCGGCUGAUUGACCUGUAUGCCUCUGGCGAAGGCCGUUUGUACGGGCCUUAUUUCCUCCGGCAAAAGAUGAACAUCACCGAGAAGGCCUUUGCCUUGGGUGACUUCUCACUGAGGAUCUCGUCUUUGGAGGCUGCGGAUGAAGGGAUCUAUUCCUGCCACCUGCACCACCACUACUGCGGCCUCCACGAACGGAGGAUCUUCCAGGUCUCGGUGGUAGAGCCAGAACCGGAGAAAAAAGUGGUGGUGAAUCUCACGCGCCCCAAUCCCCCAGCACCAGAUCCUAACUCCGGCAGGAACCACAACAUCAUCAAUGUCAUCAUACCCGAGAGCCGGGCUCAUUUCUUCCACCAGCUGGGCUACGUUCUGGCCACUCUCUUCCUCUUCAUCCUGCUCUUGAUCCUUGCAGUUCUCGUGACUCGCCAGCACCGCAGGAGAGGUUUUCAAUACAAUGUGAAAAAAUAUGAUGAAAAAGAACUGACUCUAAGGGAGGUUCCAUUUGACGCAACCAAUUUGUCAAACUACAAAAGUGAAGAUUUUAAAUUGGAUUACAAAAACAAUAUCCUGAAGGAAAAAGCUGAACAAAAUAAGAUUCUCCCUGCUAAGAAUAUCGACUUAGACAAAGAAUUCAGGAAAGAAAAUUAUAAAUGAAAACAGCAACUCAAAGCUACUGGCUGGACCAGAAGCUCCCUUAAGAAUUUAAAAGUACAAGAGAACUUUGUUUUCCUUUUUUUAAAAAACAUCAUCCUUCAGUUACCAAGAAGCUUCUGUAGACUUGUUUCCAACCUUGGGCCUAUGAAAGCGUACAAGACACGUAAGCUGUAAAUCCUAUGCACACUCAUUUCAUAAGGUAAACAAGUAUAGGGCUGCCCUGUAAAACUUCCUCUUUAUUAUCUUAUAAUAUAUAUGAUUUUUUUUUUUAAAGGGAGGGUGCAGGUCAGCUUCUUUGUUCUUUUAUCUUGUGCGAUUGCUUAUACUUGUCCCCCUGGGGAUUUUAUCCCUUUUCUUUAAAUACUUUUGUUUCAGUUAUAUUGAUGAUUUGAGGUUUUGCUUAAAAAAUAAUAAGCUGAAAAAUUAGAUGCUUGGUUUGCUAUUAAACACAGAGCAGAGAACAUAUUUUUUUUUCCUGGCACCAACAUUUAAAAUAUGGAAUUAGGAAAGCGAGAAAGAGGGGAGCUCUCUCCACUACUGAGUUAAUGUUCUAUUCAUGUCUCCUUGAAUCAGGAGAAAACAAUAUUUUCCUUCCUGGCUACCCCCGUUGCCAAUUCUUCUCCAGUAUCUCUUGCCUCUGUUCUUAGUUGCUGCCUUCCAAGAUAAUGAGUAACAAAACCUAACAGAUUUUACACUCCGCGAGACUGCCAUUUGAUGAUGCCAAAAUAAGGAGGAAAGAACUACAUUAAAAGUCUUAUGAUGAAGGACAGCUAAGCCUGUUGCUUGGGGCUGAGAUGAAGGCAGCAUUGAGGGAACAAGAGGGUAAUUGCUGUUAUCAAGGAAUUAUUAUGCCAUGAUAAAAUAUAAGUGAUAAAAGGCCAAAAAAGAAAGAGACUGACAAUCACAACAUGGACCAGGUUCUUAGUUUUGGGGACAUGUUGACAUUUGUAUCCUGCAGAACUCUUCAUCAGAAGCCUGCAGCAGUAUAUUUUUCAUCAAAAGUUUUGAGUCAGGAGUCUGAACUAGUCCAAACCCAUCCUGUCUUUUCUUGGUAGUAGAGUCUGCUUAAGAGAUAUAUCUGGGCCAAUCCCUGGAGUCUGAACCAGCCAUAAAAUGACUUAGAUGACCUUGCCAGUCUGGGAUGGCCUUCCUGCAUUGUUGAAUCAACAAGAAUGGCCUCUAUUGGACCUCUUCUUCCAAGUCUUCCCAACUCCCUUUGUUUGAAUCCCGUCCUUCCCAGUAUUUGGCUCAGGAGCAGCAGAGAUUGGAAAAGGAACCAGAAUCCUUGUAUGGAAGUCUUCUUUUGGAAGCUCACUGCAACUCGGUGAUGCUUCUGUGCCUCCCAAUUUUCUCUCGUCUCGUGCGAUUAUGACAGAUAAUCAUCCAUCUCCAGCUGCAUAAAGAUGACAAAACAUGGGUUCCGCGGUUGGUUGUAAUCCUUGGACAUAGCAAGACAUGAAAUGACAGUACAAGAACUGUAAGAUCUCCCAGGAUGGGGGAGGAUGCCUUGUUUCUAGGUUCCCAUCCCUUAGCUGGAGAAUGGAACGACUGAUCUCUGGUGUCCCUCCAACUCAAGAUUCCUCAGUCUUCAUAUGUAUAUGUAGUGGUGAAACUGUAUUAUUCAUCCCCCUAUAUUUAACCUCCGCUGAAUUGAGGAACUUUUGAGAGAAUGAGUUUGAGCUGCUCAGAGUAAACGGGGUGCAGAAAAGCCUAUAAAACGGUAUUAGCAAAAAAAAAAAAAAAAAAAAAAACCUGGGGAGGGGGACUGGCUCUGAUCAAUAUGUGUGCCUGGAAUAUUUUUCCUAGGCCCCUAAAAUUGUGAUGAUCUUUCACAGUUAGAAGGCAUGGUGAGAAGAACUCUUUUAAAAGGUACUGCUAACAACGGCUACCUGAUCUGGCUAAUAAAAUGCUAAGCAAACUCA